CUGCUGGCGGCUGUGGUUGAUUCAUACGACAAGGAAAUGACUGUUCACAUCGAUGCGGGAAAGAAAGAAUGCUAUUUUCAUCCUGUCAAAGCCGGCGAAACCAUCGAUAUUGAAUAUCAGGUAAUAGACGGUGGCCACGGAGAUUUGGAUAUUAGUUUUUCGUUGGCUGAUCCCAUUGGACUGAUAAUUGUUAGCGAUUUUAAGAAACCAGAGAAUAUACAUCGUCAUGAUGUCCAAAAGGAGGGUGACUAUCGUUUCUGUUUCGACAACACCUUCAGUACAUUCAAUAGAAAGACGGUCUUCUUUGAAUUGAUUGUCGAAAAGGAGGGUGAACAAAAUUUGGGCGAUGAUCAGUGGAAUGAUGUAUUCGAGGGUUUAACACCAGAAGAAUUCUAUGACAUGAAAGUACAAGAUAUUAUGGAUUACAUAGGGCGUAUUCGCAUGCAAAUGACUAAAGCGCGACAGAUCCAGGAUAUGUUAAGGUCGCAUGAGGCACGCGAUCGUAAUUUGGCUGAAUCGAAUUUCAUUAAAGUGAAUACAUGGUCAUUGUUUCAAAUUUGCGCCAUGAUUGCUGUGGGUUUGUUACAAGUUUUCCUGGUGCGCAGUAUAUUCGAUACGAAUACCCGCAUGAGUAAAUUAUGGCAACGCAUGCAUCUGUGAAAUU